GUAACCUCCUGCACACUAACUCUUUAGGGUUUGGGGGCGACGAGCACCUCCCUAGGGAUUCCACUUCGAUUUUCAGAGCCUCUCUCUCCUCUUCAUGCUUCGACCUCCUUCUUUUGAUUCAAUUCCCAUCAUCCAUACACUAUAGUCUCGCUUGGGACACAACUUGCUUACUUUGUGCGUAGUUUAUUGGUUGAGAAGAUGCAUAGUGGAACCAAAACCCCAGAGGCAAUAGCUGAAGAUGUCGGGGCUAUGAUGAGUCGCAUAUGGCUCAUGGAGGAUGCUGAUGGACACCUUGAAAAUGAUUGUGAGGUUGCUUUUCAUAUUAAAGAAAUUGGGGGAACGAUGAUACGAUGUUUUGGUCCUUGGUUAAAGGCUAAACUAGAGAAUUUAUGGUGUCUAGAUAAUAUUGAUGAGCUUGACGUGGCCUUCUCAGAUAGCUCUCGACCCUUAUUCAAUGAAAAAGACAAGGAUGUUGAGGUGAAUUCUAGGCGUAAUCACCUACUUGAUGAUAGUACUAGGCAAAACAAUCCCAUUAAUAUAGAACACAAUGGUGGUAGCUGUGCAAAUGAGGGGGCUAAGAAAGGUGGUAAAGGUCAAGUUCAAAAAGGGAAACAACUUAUGCCUGAUCUAAUAACUGGUGCCCUACAUACUUUGGGGGUGGACACCAUGCUUGAAGUCCUUUCAAGCCAAGAAUUUGAUUCUAUCAAAGGUGAGAAUAGGAAAAGGGUGGCUUGGGCGAUGGCAAAUGGAAGAGGUUAAACCACAAUUUUGAAAACUCCUUUAGCAAAGAUGGGGACAAGCACGGUAAGUGGAAGCUUCGAACUACUCUUGCAGUGAGAGAAAGGGCAUUUAAAGUAUUAGUUGAUAAUUCAAGGGUGGUUGUCACUCGCAGGAAUAAGGGCCAUAACUUGUC